AUGGCCCAGGGCCUGAUUGAAGUGGAGCGAAAGUUCGUUCCCGGCCCUGGCACAGAGGAGCGGCUGCAGGAAUUGGGGGGUACCCUGGAGCGCCGAGUCACUUUCCGAGACAGCUACUAUGACACCCCUGAGCUGAGCCUCAUGCGGGCCGACUACUGGCUCCGACAGCGAGAGGGCAGUGGAUGGGAGCUCAAAUGUCCCGGAGCAGCAAGUGUCUCAGGACCCCACACUAAGUACAUGGAACUCACAGCUGAGCCUGCAGUUGUGGCCCAGCUCUGUGAGGUGCUGAGGGCUGAAGUCCCGGGGGCUGGAGGCGUGGCUGCUGUGCUGGGCCCGCUGGGGCUGCAGGAAGUAGCUAGUUUUGUGACUAAGCGUAGUGCCUGGAAACUGGUGCCGCGCGGAGCUGAUGAAGAGGAGCAGCCGCUCAGGGUGGACCUGGAUACAGCUGACUUUGGCUACGCUGUGGGUGAGGUAGAGGCCCUGGUGCAAGAGGAGGCCGAAGUCCCAGCUGCCCUAGAGAAGAUCCACAGCCUCAGCAGCAUGCUUGGUGUGCUGGCGCAGGAGACGGCACCUGCCAAGCUGAUUGUGUACCUACAGCGCUUCCGGCCUCAGGACUAUCAGCGCCUGCUAGAAGUGUACCGCGCCAAAGAGAAGCCUUAGGGGACUGGAAGAUCCAGACGUGACACUGGGCUAGGGUUCAUUCCUGGGCUCACUGUGCCUCUUCCUCUCUGGCUUCCCUUCCCACAGUGACCUCUCUCUCCAGCUCCGCCUGUUCCUUCCCCCUACCCUCCGCUAUCCUUCCUGGAGCCCUCCCUGGCUGCCCCCUCUCCCUCAUCCGUCAGAUGCAAUCUGUGGGCCGCCCCUCUCCCCUGGCCGCUAAGCAGCCUCCAUUGAUUUCCGCUCGUGUUUAUAGGAUUUCCACUUAGCCGUGAUCAGUAGUUAAGCACAGGAAAAUCCCUUGCCACCCUCCCUCCCUUGGUCGAUGCCAUUGAUUCUGCCAGCGGCUCCGAAACCGCCUUACAGCUGAGUUAGAGAUGAGGGGAGGCAGCAGGGAUUUCCCUGCCCUGGGGUAUGGGGAAUAGCAGAAGGCUGGGGAAAUGGGUAGGAGUCCCUGUUAGAAAUCUAGAAAUUCUGGUUUGAUGUUGCCCCUGUGCCCUGCUCUGGCCCAGAGGGUAGAGUGCCUCCUGUGGAAGUUUAGGGGCACAUUUGUCCCCCAACCUGGAAAGGGGUAGAAAGAAAACCUUCCUUUGUUGAAACCAGUUCCAAAGGCUUAGGGCAAGAUACCUACUUCCUGUGUAAGAAGGCUCUUCCCUGGCUGUGAUUCACAUACGUUUUCUACCUCAAAUAUGGCUUCCCCCCUCAGGCUUUAUUGGGCUUUCACUAUUUGUAGGGCUGGGGGCAGCCCCCCCACCCCAGUGGCAAGUACAGGACCAGAGUGC